CCGCGAGUGUGCGUCUGGCGGCGCGCCGAGGAGAGCCCAGCAGCGGAACCAGGGAUGGACUCGCACCUCUGAAUCCUCCCCCAGUCCGGUGGUGCUGAAAUCAGACCGCAGUUGUGGAGGGGCUGUGUGCGUGCGACGCGCACACGCACUGGUAGACAAUAGGUGCCAAAAACGGGAGCGGAAUCUUGUAAUUGCUGCUCCGUGCGCUCUUGCCGUCUCACCUGCGCGUCCGGUGAAGAAGUCCGCUGCGAUUAUUAUGCAUCCAGACAAGUGCUUACCUGAACUGAUGGCCGAGAAAAACAGCCUGGAUCCCUCCUUUGUGCACGCUGUCCGUCUGCUCGCAGAAGAAAUUGAAAAAUGCGAAGGCGAGGAAUUGAGAAAAGACGGUGACAUGAAGAAAUAUCUCGAUAUCAUCAGCAAUAAAAACAUCAAGCUGUCUGAAAGAGUUCUUAUUCCAGUUCAACAGUAUCCAAAGUUUAAUUUUGUUGGGAAGCUGCUGGGACCGCGGGGAAAUUCCAUGAAGCGAUUACAAGAAGAAACUGGAGUGAAAAUGUCCAUCCUCGGCAAAGGUUCCAUGAGGGAUAAAGACAAGGAAGAAGAACUGAGAAAAAGUGGUGAGGCCAAAUAUGCGCAUCUGAGUAAUGAUCUUCAUGUUUUGAUUGAAGUAUUUGCACCACCUGGUGAAGCUUAUUCGCGCAUGAGUCAUGCCCUGGAGGAGAUUAAGAAAUUCCUCGUUCCAGACUACAAUGACGAGAUCAGACAGGAGCAACUGAGAGAGCUCUCCUUCCUGAACGGAUCUGAGGAGUCGAGCAGAGGCAGGAGUAAACAAGGAAGUGUCCUGAGAGCAUCAUCUACAACAUCCAAAAGGGGCCACAGAGGCACAGGAAGGGGCGCAGCAGCACCUCAGGGGACGGCAGCAGCGCACAGCAAACUACCCGCAACCGUUAUGACGAGGGAGGUGCAAGCUCCAAGAGCCAGGGGUGCAGCGGGGAAUGCUGGGUACAGGGCACCGCUGCUGGCAGUCUCACAUGAAUCAUACGACGAAUACGCUUACGAUGACGAAUGUGGUGGUGAAUAUGAAGACCAGACUUAUGAAGCCUAUGACGAUAACUACAGCAACCAGUCACAGAGCUUUUCAGAACAUUAUGAAUACGGACACAGAACAAGUGAUGAAACCUACAACAACUAUGGGGAAGAGUGGCCGACUGCCCGCCCCGGCCUCAAAGCCCCAGUUCUACGGCUGACACGAGGGGCUUACAGAAAACAUCCCUAUGGUAGAUACUGAAGGUGCUCCAGAUAUGUCACCUUUUUUUUCCACUCAAAAUGCUGUAACCGUAUUUUUGUUUUUUCCAUUUCCCUCUAAAAUUAAAAUAACUCUAGAAAACACAUAAAUCUACAGAAUCCAACAAUGCUGUCAUAAUCAAUCUUUUGUUUUAUUUCAAAUGGAUUUGUGUUGAUUUUUGAACACAUUCUUGUACAGAGUAAAACCACAUUCCCCUCUUUCCACUUCAGUAUAUUUUAAAGUUAUACCUCCUGCUUUGAAUAUUUAAUUUCCCUUUAAUCUAGUGAUUUCUGAAGCUUUAUGAGUUGGCACCCCAUUUAAUUCCCAAUGUGUGAAAUACUGUUAGGAGUAUGAAUAACUAUAUGAUUUUUUUUUUAAUUACAUAUUUUUAGGUUAUUCAAAGCAUAUAAUCAUAUUUGACCUUAUUCAUGAAGUGUGACCGCGUUCACGUGGACUUGCUCGACAGCUUGCGGUGCACUCAAAAUUACUUUCCAAGUCAAUGGAGGAUUUUUAACCCGUGACAUGCAAAAUUUUCACCAGAAAUUCAAAAUAUGCUGCUGAUAUUUGACAGCUUUGCAAAACUUCUGCUCCUUUACUGAUCAAUGUAGCAGCGAUUUUUAAUAAAUGCUUUUUCCCCCAGAAAUGGUUUAAAGUCUAUUUUAUGCAUUCCAGAAUCUGUAAAGCAAAUGUUUUUAGAAACUAUUAAUUUGUCUGCUUUUGUUUUUAGUUUAAAAGAAAUCAGUCAGUAGCAGUGUUGUUGAUCAUUUUGUCCCUCAAACCGUCUCAAGACAAGUGUUGUGUAUUGAACCUUUUCGCUUCCUAAAAGUCUCCAGAUGUGGUUUUCCAUUCAUCCAUGAAUUGUUGUUUGCUGGUUUGACAGUUAUUGUUAAUGUAAAAGUGUUCAGAACCAAAAUGAAUGCCAGGAUGAACACCAAAAAAGGCAACGGAUGUAAAUCUUUCUCAGCAUGCUAGAAAUAUUGUAUGGUUAAAGUCCCUCAAUUUAAAAAAAAAAAAUGUUUAAUUCUCAGAAAUCUAAAUGUACCCCAA